AUGAAGAGAACACCAUCAUUGCUUCAGAGGGUUAUGCGAUCUAUGGAAAAGAUUGCACCUCUGAGUUUAUCCGAAGCUGCAUGGGAUAAUACAGGGCUGUUGCUAGAGGCUCCAUUUCCUCGACCCAAUGCCAGCAAGGUUUUUUUAACCAUCGAUCUUACUCAGGAGGUGCUUGAAGAAGCAAUUCAAGACCCUGCAGUGGGUGUGAUUGUUGCAUACCAUCCUGCACUCUUCAAGCCGUUUAAGCGACUGUGUUUGAAUGAUGACAGACAGAGUAUUGCAUUGAAAUGUGCUGCGACAGGAAUAUCAAUCUAUUCUCCGCAUACGGCUCUGGAUAGUUGUGUUGGUGGAAUCAACGACUGGCUCUCGCGUGGUCUUGGUAAAGGUCGGACUGUUCCCAUCUCGGUCAAUGUGAAUCCUCCUCCAGGUCAGGAUGGGUGCGGUGUUGGUCGGCUACAUACUCUAGAUACUCCAGUCUCUCUCGAUGAAGUUGUUCGCAGAGUCAAGUCCCAUCUUAACCUGAACCAUCUUCGUCUGGCUCGUGCUGCUGACUACCGUACCGAUACAAAGCUUGUUUCUACUAUUGCAAUCUGUGCUGGAUCGGGAUUCUCGGUGCUAGAUGGUGUUACAGCCGAUGUGUAUUUUACAGGUGAAAUGUCGCACCAUGAGGUUUUGGGAGGUGUGUCCAAGGGCAUAAAUGUCAUUCUUUGCGAGCAUACAAAUACAGAACGUGGAUAUCUAUCACAAGUGCUGCAAGCCAGACUACUUUCUUUGCUAAAAGUAGAUCUUGGUUUAGAUGUCGAGGCAGAUGUUCAUAUUGAUGUAACUGUCAGCAAAUGUGAUCAAGAUCCUUUUGUAAUUGUCUAG